GGUCACGGGCAGCGAACAGCAGAGCGAGACUUUGGCUGCCCAAUUUUCCCAUAAUCUCUUUUGUGCUGGACAAACCGUCUGGAUUUCAAAGCUGCUAAAUACUCUCUGUCACAGAUAUUCUGCAAACAUUGCUUUCCUCAAAAACCUAAGUUCAAUAGCCAUACCAGCGCUGUUCAUCACCAGGCCCAGAGAGAUUUCUGAGAAGAAUGGAGGUCAGUACCCAGAACCAGAGACCCUGAUAGACACCUGGAGCUGUGUUAGUACCUCUCACUGGAAGAUGGAUGCCUUUGAAGGGAUUCAUGUUGUGCAGCUGUCCUCUUCUCCUCCCCCAGUGUCCAGAUCGAGCCCAGGGUACGAGGUGCUGGUGACAGGUAGCUCAGGAAUAGCAGUGUACUCCUCUCAUACGUUUUUUGGAAAUGAUGACUUUUCAGAUCACCGACGAAGCAAGCACAGCAGAGCUAAAGAAGAGAGAUGUCCAGUGGGAAGGUUGAUAGACCUGGAGCCUGAGCCAGACCCUAGUGUAGUGCUGGGAGGGGGACAAGGAGAGAUAAUGCUCCAACAAGAGGCAGGGGCUCAAGGAGGAGACACCUUCAAUGUGUCUCGCCUGCGGAGCUCUUCUCUGGAGAUUAGAGAAAAGGGCACAGAGUUCCUCAGAGAGCAGCUGGACGCUGCCCAGAAGGAGCUGAAGCUGAAGGGGGAGGAGUGUGAGCGGUUGUCUCAAGUGAGAGACCAGCUGGAGCAGGAACUAGAGGAACUGACUGCCAGUCUCUUUGAGGAGGCUCAUAAGAUGGUCCGGGAGGCUAAUGUAAAACAGGCUGCAGCCGAAAAGCAACUGAAGGAGGCACAGGGCAAGAUUGAUGUCCUGCAGGCGGAGGUGUCUGCCCUAAAGACUCUGGUGUUGACCUCCACUCCGUCCUCCCCCAACCGCCAGCUGCACCCACAGCUGCAGUCUACAGGCUCCAGAGCAACCUUGUCUCGCCCUGGUGGUCACACACGUAACAAGAGUGCCACCCUCAGCCUGCCUCAUCUACAGCAGGAGCCACCCUCUGCACCACCACCGACAAACCGAGAAGACAAAGAGUUGGACUCAGUAUUGUUUGCUGAGUUUUUGUCUUGGAAGGAGGCUCCAAGCCUGGAUCAAUCCUCCGCCUUCAUAAGCCGCAUCUACAGAGAGGACAUCGGGCCCUGUCUCUCCUUCACACGCUCUGAACUGUCGCAGUCAGUUCAGAGUGCAGUGGAGAAUAACUCUUUGACUAUUGAGCCUGUUGCUAUGACAGUGCUGCCUAUGGUCAAGGCCUCAGCUAUUGAGUGUGGAGGCCCCAAUGGCUGCCGAGCACCAGUAGAGACGAAGUGUGCGCUGAGUGGACUGUCCCGCACCUGCCGACAUCGCAUCAAACUGGGAGAUAAAGAGAGUUACUACUAUAUCUCUCCCUCCAGCAGAGCUAGGAUCACAGCAGUGUGCAACUUCUUCACCUAUAUCAGAUACAUCCAGCAGGGCCUGGUCAGACAGGAUGCUGAGCAGAUGUUUUGGGAAGUGAUGCGUUUGCGGCGGGAAAUGUCUGUGGCCAAGUUGGGUUUCUUUCUUACAGACGAAAGCUGAAGGACACCCAUGCAACAUGGCCAUUCUGUACACACAGCAAUUUGAUAAUGGCAGGUGAUCGGACAUAGACAUUUGUCUGUUGCUUUAAGAGCCAAGAGGAAAGAAAGCUCCAACCCAAAGCAGAAUCACAGCACAGUAGCAGAACAGCUCAAGUGGUAAGACUUAUGAGAUGAGCUAGUGUGCUACAUGUUUAAUCAGUAUUAUAUUGUUAGUGACUGGACCAAGUAGACAGAAACGUUUCCCAUGUCUUAUAUACACUCCAGACCCUUGGACAUAAAUGCGGUUCUCAUUGUGGAAUAAGCCUGGAAUCAUAGUUGAGGUUAUGUUUUGUUAUUUUCUUUGGCUAGCACAGAUUACAGAUGUUCUAGUCAUACCUCAGAACAGUCCCUCCUUCUCACGUUCAUCAUACCCACAGUCUCUGAGUUUAAAUGACAGAUGCACAUUGGUGGAGUGUUCCAAAGAGUUUACACGUGUCAAACACUAUUUGCCUAAUUUUAAUCUUGCUUCUGCUUUGAUAAGCACUGCUCCACUUUGUUUCCCAGGGUGCACUACAGUGAAAUGGUGCAUGAGAUAAAGAGUUCAGUACCUGAGCUGGCAGGGCUGCUUUCCCAGGCAUAGAUUUAACCUAAUUAUAGGUAACAUUUAUGUUUUGUUGACAGUCAAUAUUUAAUGUAAUUUAGUCUAGAAAGAGCCACAGAGAAACACAAACAACCUUUAUUUUUAACCCCAAAUUUUAACCUGGCAUUGUAUCAAAUACUAUACUUGUGUCUGCCCCUCAGUAUGUUUAUGGAUGUCAGUUGUCAAUAAUUAUUAUAUAUGUAUGUCAAAGAUGUACAUGUUCCAUUUCACUCACAAUGUUACUGAAGCCUUUGUCGUUAUGAAUAACAUUAGAAUUGUAUACAAUGAGCUUUCAUUAGCAAUGCUUGUAUCUGCCUGCUUUGACAAUUCAUCAUUCCCUGAUGGAAACCGAGGUAUUGGCUCAUGGGUGCUCAAACCUGGUCCUGGAGAUCUACCACCCUGGACAGUUCAGAUACAACACGCCUCCUGAAGGCCUUUAUUAUUUGGAUCAGGGUUUGAUUAGAGGUGGAACUAAGCCUUGCAGGGUGGUAGAUCUCCAGGACCAGGAUUGAGCAACCCCUGUUUUGGCUUGUGUUGCAUGGUUGCAUGUUUUUACAUAGGCAUUAUAACUUUAUUACAUUUUACUGACACUCAUUUGUGCAUGAUGUCCAUUUCUCUUUUGUCCAUUUCUGCCACCAGUCAGUGCUGAUGGUUAUGCCUGAAUUGUUUUUGUAAUGAAUUCAGAUGGGCCUUUGGUUCCAGUUGAUAUUGUAUUCAAUAAUAAUGGUUGCAGGUUUGACAAUCAUGAUAUCUUUGAGCAGAAUGUGCUCCAGUGCAAUAUGGAUGCAGCACACAGCCAAGCAAACUUGAAUACUUGUUUAGCAGAUUUAGUUGCUUCACUUUUUUCAAGACCUAAAAGGUAAACACUUUCAGCAGAGGCUUUUCUGUUCGUCUCAAGGUAGACUGACAAAGUACAUAGACAUGGACCUCAUGUCUGUGGAUAUCACCUAACGCUAGUUUAGAUGAUUUGCACAAUGCUGUAAAGCAGGUUUAUGAUUUUAUUUUACAUUUAGAACUUAAAGGAAAAAUGUUAAUCAAGUUUACAUAACCUAAAAAAUUAUUUUAAUGUGUUUUACAUGUAACUACCUUGGGGGAUUAGGAGUCCUCCUCCUGACGCGCAUGUGGAUUAAUGCAAUAAAACAUUGAGUGGUCUGAAUGAG